CUUGACAAGACACUGUACCAUUGCAAGAUUCUUCAUCUUUCUUACUUCAGCCUUCAAUUCGCUAUAACGAUGAACUCAGCAAGAUAUACAAGAUUAUCUCAAGCUUUAUUAUAGCAUGGAAUGUGGGCUAUACACCCAACACAGUAUGUAAUAAUUCUUUAUCUGUGUUGAUGCAUCAACAGGAUUAGCAUAGGUUGUUUGAAGAUUUGGUCUAAUGGGGUUUAUAGAGCUGCUUUCUGUUGCGUCUUUUCCGGUCAUCAAAGUAUUAUUGAUUACUGCAAUUGGCUUGUUUCUUGCACUGGAUAACGUAUCAAUAUUGGAAGAAGAUGCAAGGAAGAAAGUGAAUCAGCUUGUGUUUUAUGUGUUUAAUCCGUCACUGGUGGGUAGCAAUCUGGCCAAAACGAUUACUUUUGACAGUGUUGUUAAGUUGUGGUUCAUGCCGGUGAAUAUUCUUGCCACAUUCAUAUUAGGAUCAGCAUUGGGAUGGAUUUUGAUUAAAAUGACAAGGCCUCCCAAACAAAUGGAAGGUCUAAUCUUGGGUUGUUGUUCUGCUGGAAAUUUAGGGAACUUGCUUAUAAUCAUUAUUCCGGCAAUAUGUGAAGAGAGUGGAAGUCCUUUUGGUGACUCUGAUGUAUGCUAUAAAUAUGGAAUGGCUUAUGCUUCACUUUCUAUGGCGAUUGGAGCAGUUUUUAUAUGGUCAUAUGUUUACAACAUAAUGAGGAUUUCCUCAAGUAGAACUGAACCAGAAGACAAUACUAGCGAUGCCAGCAGCUUAUUGAAGGCUUCAGAGGAAAUAUCAGAUUCAGAGUCACACCAAGCCAAUUUUUCAGAAACACUUGAUCCUACAGAAGACGUCAUGGAUGAUGUUUAUACCUUAUUGCUUCCUGACGCAGAAUCAAAUGAAAAAGCUUCAAUUUCAAGUAAAAUUAAGCAAUGCUUGAGGAAGAUUUCAAGCAACUUAAAUUUAAAAGCCAUCUUUGCGCCUUCAACACUUGGAGCUAUUGUUGGAUUUAUCAUUGGUAUAAUAUCCCCAUUACGUAAUUUCAUUAUAGGUAGUAGCGCUCCUCUUCAUGUGGUUGAAGAAUCUGCUUACAUGUUGGGUGAGGCAGCCAUCCCUACUCUCACUCUCAUAAUGGGUGCAAAUCUACUUAAAGGUUUGAAAGGAACAAGUCCUCCAGUGUGGACCAUUGUGGGAAUUAUAGCGGUGAGAUACAUUUUCUUGCCUCUUCUGGGUGUUGCUGUUGUGAAAGGGGCGAUACAUUUGAGUUUAGUGCGUUCAGACGCCUUGUAUCAGUUUGUGCUUCUACUUCAAUAUGCACUUCCACCAGCUAUGAAUAUAGGCACCAUAGCUCAAUUGUUCGGAGCUGGUGAAAGUGAAUGUUCUGUUAUCAUGUUAUGGACAUAUGCUUUUGCGUCGGUUGCAGUUACCCUUUGGUCAACUUUCUUCAUGUGGCUAGUGGCAUGAUUUUGGAUUGGUGGAAAAAAUAUUUUUAAAAUCGGUCAUUUUUUAUAUUUAAAAUUAAUUAUCUGAUCAAUUUUAAAAGAGUCGAUUUUAAAAAGUAGGGCUUUUAAUAUCAGUCAACGACCGAUGUUAAAAGUCUAACUUUUAAAAUCGGCUCAUGCAUGAUCAAUGUUAAAAGUCUAACUUUUAAUAUCGGUUAUGGAAUGACCGAUGUUAAAAAUGGUUAACUUUUUUAAAAUAUUUGACUUGUUUUAGGAGGAUCAUUGAACAAAACUUGCAAAUUAAUAAAAUAUCAGACAAUUCAUAUGUUUUAAAUGGAC